GUUCAAAUACGCGCUUACCUCCCCGUCAAAGCAACGAACCUUCGAAAAAAACAUCACUCGCGAAUGUAUUCGUAUUUUUACGUAUUUUGUAGUCCCUACGUACGUAGCAGGCCAUACGUAUGUGUCAUAGAACACGUGGCAUCCGUAAAGGUCAGCGUUUCAGUAGUAGAAAAUGAAUACGAAGCGAAAGGUUUUCUUCUUUUUCUCUUCUUCAUUUGCAUCAAACGAGGAGAAGCCCUCAGUGUUGUUGCGCUCUGUAUAUUUGGCCGUCACCGUCAAUUAAGGGGAAAUUAUUUGAUCUGCUGAAUCUGGUGGAUUUGUCUACUGAUCUGUCUGUAAUCUGGUGAAAUGGUGAAGGAGUCUGAGUACUACGAUGUGUUGGGAGUCAGUCCAACGGCAUCUGAGGCAGAGAUCAAGAAAGCUUAUUACAUAAAGGCUAGACAAGUCCAUCCUGAUAAGAAUCCAAAUGAUCCUCAAGCAGCUGAAAAAUUCCAGGCAUUGGGAGAAGCUUAUCAAGUUUUAAGUGAUCCAGCACAGCGUGCAUCAUAUGAUACUCAUGGAAAAGCAGGCGUGUCAACGGAUAUGAUGAUUGACCCAGCUGCAGUCUUUGCCAUGCUCUUUGGAAGUGAGUUGUUUGAAGACUACAUAGGUCAGCUUGCCAUGGCUUCAAUGGCUUCAUUUGAAAUAUUUACUGAAGGCGAACCAAUAGAUUCCAAGAAACUGCAGGAGAAAAUGAAGGCUGUACAGAGGGAAAGGGAAGAAAAACUUGCAGAGACUUUGAAAAAUCGUCUCAAUCAAUUUGUACAAGGUGACAGGGAUGGUUUUAUACAGCAUGCUAAAUCUGAGGUUCAACGUCUCAAUAACGCAGCUUAUGGAGGGCAAAUGCUGCAAACAAUUGGCUACAUAUAUGCAAGGCAAGCAGCAAAGGAACUUGGAAAGAAAGCCAUAUAUUUGGGUGUACCAUUUAUAGCCGAAUGGUUUAGAAACAAAGGACACUUCAUAAAAUCCCAAGUCACAGCAGCAACAGGGGCCUUUGCCCUUCUACAGUUACAAGAGGACAUGAAACGGCAACUCAAUUCUGAGGGGAACUUUUCUGAAACUGAACUUGAAGCUUACAUACAAUCAAACAAAGAUUUGAUGAUUAACUCACUCUGGAAAUUGAAUGUAGCUGAUAUUGAAGCAACUCUCUCUCAUGUGUGCCAGAUGGUCUUGCAAGAUACUACUGUAAAGAAAGAAGAUCUUCGAGCUCGUGCGAAGGGAUUAAAAACUCUGGGGAAGAUUUUCCAAACUGCAAAGCUACCCAGCGAAAAUGGAACUUCACUGAAAGACACCACUCCUAAGCUGAAUGGGCAAGACGGCAGCAAUGAUACUAGCUCUCCAGACUCAUCACCAAAGACUUCUUCCAGCUCGAAUCAUCCUCCAAAUCAUCCUCCGGCCCAGAGUCCAUAUGUUGAGUCACCCCAUGGUGUUCAAGAUCAAUAUGUGAAUUUUCCAACGCCAAUGCGACCUUCAGGGGUAGGGGUAGUGCAAACACCAUACCCAAAGGUAUAAUUUCUCUGGUGUGGCAUGGUAUCCUGUGAUAUAACCUCUCAAUCAAAUUAAUUAACAGGGGAAACACAUCUCACAGUUUGUAAUGGGAUUCAAAUUUACCUGGCUUUUGAUCAUAAGUGAUUUUGUAUUCAUUAUUUAAAAGCUCUCCAAGGAUUUUAGGUGAUCAUGCAGCACUUUGUAUGGUUAAUGUAGAUUUAGAUUCCUGGAAAGUUACGCAAGUUGCAAUUUUCACCUAUUGUGUAAAUCAUAUGCUCUUUUUUCUUUACAAAAGGUAUUGUAUUCAAGAAGCUGAUCCAGCUCUAUGUAAAUUUAGAUUUCUUGUUUAGGUUCCCUCGAGUAUUAGGGAUUGCCACCUUGGACAUUUGAUUUUUAGCUAUCUAUUUUUUGGUUUCUUUGCUACAUUUGGCAAUAUUAGCUUUUUGAUCUGGUGAUAGAUCAUGGUAGAUUCAUGAGUAUUGUACAGUUUUAGAAACAUCUAUUUACAUUAUCUGUUGGAAAUAAAGAUUUCUUGUGCGAAGCUAUAUUUUUGAAGCA